CUCAACCCUCAGUAGCUCAGCAGCAGCAGCAGACAGCGGAGCGCUGAAGAGAGGAGCUCUGGAUCUAUUGUUCCCACACUUCCUCUCCUCCUCCACGGCAGCACACACACACACACACGCGCGCACGAGAGAGAGAGAGAGAGAGAGAGAGAGAGAGAAGGAGGGAUCGUUACAGCGAGGGAGGGUGAGAGAGAGGGAGAGGCAGAGGACGAGAGCACGCCGUCACUCAUCCGGAUUAGCCGUCCUGGAGAGGAGGAAUCGCCUGCCGCUACAACAACAGGGACAAAGCACUGACCCACACACACACACUCAGAAACACACACGGGAGCGCGCACGCGUGUGUGUGUGCAGGUCCGUCCGCUGACCCACGUCCGUCUCGCUGGGCUCCACUGCAGGAUUCUCCGUGCGUGUGUGUGUUCAGGGAGAAGGGAGAGUGUGUUUGCACUCCAGGACAGCUUUUCACAGUGCGGUGCGGUGUGUGUGUGUGUGUGUGUGAGAGAGUGUUUGUGUGCGCGUUGCGGCCAAGCUGGGGCCAUGUGGCUGGCCAGCGGAGCGGCGCGAUGGUGGGGGGCUCCGCUCAGGACGGGGGGGUCCCCGCUCUCGCUCUGGAGGAGAACGCUGCUGGUCCUGAUGCUGACCACCACGAGUCUGCGUGAUGCUGGAGCACAAACCCCCGCCAGCAGCAAACCCGUCUACGUCUGGCAAACAGGUCCGUGGGGGCGCUGUAUGGGCAGUGAGUGCGGUCCUGGUGGCACCCAGAGCAGGGCGGUGUGGUGUGCCCACUCAGAGGGCUGGACGACGCUGCCCACAAACUGCCCGCCAGCGACGCGCCCUGAAAACCGCCAGAGCUGCUUCCGCGUCUGCGACUGGCACAAGGAGCUCUAUGACUGGCAGCUGGGCGCCUGGAACCAGUGUGUGCCCGUCUCACUGCGUGCCGGCGCCAACGCGGGCGUGCCCCCCAGGCCUGCCGUGUGCCAGCGCGGCGAGGAGGGCAUCCAGACGCGCGAGGUGGGCUGCGUCCACACGCCGGACGCCAUGCCAGCGGAGGAUGCCAUCUGCGAGUACUUCGAGCCGAAGCCGCGCCUCGAGCAGGCCUGCCUCAUCCCCUGCCCGCGCGACUGCGUCGUGUCCCCCUUCUCUGACUGGACGCUGUGCUCCAAGACGUGCGGCACCGGGCUGCAGAACCGCGUCCGGACCGUGCUGGCGCCGCCGCUGUUCGGGGGGUCGGCGUGCCCCAACCUCACGGAGUUCCGCACGUGCCAGCCAGGGUCCUGCGAGGGCGAGGAGAGCCUCUACAGCCUCAAGGUCGGCCCCUGGGGGCCCUGCACCGUGCCCUCGCCGCCACUGGCCCGACUGGCCGAGACGGAACCGCUGGAACCGCUGGAACCGCUGGCCCGACAGGCCCGACACGCCCAGACGGAACCCGCGUCGGAGACGGAAACGCAACCGGCACGCAAGAACCGCAGGGAACGCAAGAACCGCAAGGCACGUAAAGAACGCACAGAACGUAAGGAACGUAAGGAACGUAAGGAACGUAAGGAACGUAAGGAACGUAAAGAACAGCAGGAACGGCAGGACCGGACGAUGAGGCAGGACCGGCAGGCGAGGAAGCAGCAGCGGCGUGAGCGGCAGCGUGGGCGAGGGAAGGUCAAGGACCCCGAGGCGCGCGAGCUCAUCAAGAAGAAGAGAACGCGGAACCGACAGAACCGCCAGGGAGGGAAGUUCUGGGACCUGCAGGUCGGGUACCAGAUCCGGGAGGUCAUGUGUGUGCACAAGAAUGGCAACGCAGCAGCUAUCCACUUGUGUCACCAGGAGUCGCUGUCUGUGAUCGCACUGCCAGGCGGUAAAGGAUCGGCUGACUGUGAGGUCAGCGAGUGGGGGGAGUGGUCGGGCGCAAGCUGCCCCCUACUGGAGGAAACGGAGGACUGCAGCCCGCAGGGAGACGCCGUCCAGCCCUGCAUCGCUUACAAUUGGAAGGUGACCGAGUGGAGCGAGUGUCGAGUGGACGUCCUCCUCAGCCAACAAGACCGUCGUCGUGGCAACCAGACAGGCCUGUGCGGAGGCGGAGUCCAGAACAGGGAGGUGUACUCAUGUCCAGACGAGCUUGUAUUAAUAUUCUCCAACCUCGGCCCAAUCAGGAGCAAAGAAGCGUCGCGGCCCGUGGACAGUGCCCUGUGUCUGGGCGUGCCCCCCAACACCACCCAGCUGUGCCAGCUGCCAUGUCCGGUGGAGUGCCAGGUGUCGGCCUGGUGCGCCUGGGGACCCUGCACCUAUGAGAACUGCAGUGACCAGGCCACCAAGAAAGGGUUCAAACUGCGUAGGCGGCGUAUCGUGAACGAGCCGACGGGUGGCACGGGGAACUGCCCGCACCUGAGCGAGGCCAUCCCAUGUGACGAGCCGAGCUGCUACGAUUGGCUGGUGCUGAAGCUGGAGGCGUGCGUCCCUGACAACGAGCGAGAGUGCGGCCCUGGCACACAGCUGCCUCAAGUGCAGUGUGUCAACAGCGACGGUGUGUUCGUGGACAGACAGAUGUGCCGGGACGCCAUCCUGCCCAUGCCAGCACUGUGUGAGGUGCCCUGUCCGAAGGACUGCGUGCUCAGCAGCUGGACCACCUGGAGCCUCUGCUCACACACCUGCUCCGGCAAGACCACCGAUGGACGACAGACCAGAGCGCGCUCCAUACUGGCCUAUAACGCAGGAGAAGGUGGAGUGCAGUGUCCCAACAGCAGUGCUCUGCAAGAGGUGCGUAGCUGUAACGAGCAUGCGUGCACCGUGUACCACUGGCAGACCGGCACCUGGGGCCAGUGCAUCGAGGACACCUCCGUUCCCCCGGGCAACGCCUCUCUGAUUGGUGGAGGGGCCGGAGUGGGCGGGUCUGAGCCUUCCUGCUCAGUGGGCAUGCAGACGCGCAAGGUCAUGUGUGUCAGAGUCAACGUGGGACAGGUGCCUCCCAAGAAGUGUCCAGAGAGUCUUAAGUCCGGGCGGAUAGAUCGUGUCUGCUGCCUGUGGAGACUGCAUCGACCCAAACAGAAGAGGAAGCAGUCCAGGAAACGCAUCAUCAUCCAGCUUCCUGCCAACGGUGGCCAGGACUGCCCGGAGGUUCUGACCCAAGAUAGAGACUGUGAGACCCCCUCCAUCUGCCCCGGGUACAGGUGGAAGACACACAAGUGGCGUCGGUGUCAGCUGGUUCCCUGGUCUGUGCGGCAGGACACUCCCGGAGCCCAGGAGAUCUGUGGACCUGGACUACAGGCACGAGCGGUGUCAUGCCGGAGGGUGGAUGGGGGGCUGGUGGACAUCGGAGCGUGCCUGAGGAACGCCAGUCCCAUGCCCGCGCUGACGCAGUCGUGCCAGCUCCCGUGCCAGGACGACUGCCAGCUGACCCAGUGGUCAAAGUUCUCCUCCUGCGCUGCCGACUGCGUGGGCGUCCGGACCCGCAAGAGGAUGCUCGUGGGUAAGAGUAGGAAACGUGAGCAGUGUAACCCCAAGAGUAGUACCCUCUGGGACGCCUCGCUCUGUGGAGACCGCCUCAGCUGCAACAGCCACGGCUACAUCGAGGAGGCCUGCAUCAUUCCCUGUCCGUCGGACUGCAAGCUGAGCGAGUGGUCCAACUGGUCGCGCUGCAGCAAGUCCUGUGGCAGUGGGGUCAAAGUUCGCUCCAAGUGGCUCCGAGAGAAACCCUACAACGGAGGACGACCCUGCCCUAAACUAGACCACGUCAACCAGGCUCAGGUGUAUGAGGUGGUUCCCUGCCUUAGCGACUGUGGUCAGUACGUGUGGGUGGCGGAACCCUGGAGUGUGUGGAAGGUCAGUAAUGUGGACCUGAAGGAGAACUGCGGAGAGGGUGUGCAGACCAGGAAAGUCAGGUGUAUGCUGAACAGUAUCGACGGGCCGUCGGACACUGUGGAGGACUACCUGUGUGACCCAGAGGAGAUGCCGCUGGGCGCCCGCGAGAGCCGCCUGCCCUGCCCUGAGGACUGCGUGCUGUCCGACUGGGGCUCCUGGAGCCGCUGCCCGCUGCCCUGCAGUGGGAACACGAUGCGGGAGCGACUGGCCACUCAGCUACGGCAACCCGGAGUGGCCAAACAGUGCCCCAGCACCACCGAGAAAGAGCCCUGCACCCUCAACAGCAACUGCUUCACCUACUCCUACAACAUCACAGGUCCCCCAUCAUGUCGGAGGGAGGUAGGCGGAGGAGGAGGAGGUGCGGUGAGUUCCUCUCGGCGUAAGUGUGUGUGUUCCUCCGGCGUUCAUGUGUGUGUGUGUGUUUGUCAGCUGGGCAUGGAGAAGAAAUGGCAGAUGAACAUCUCCUGUGUGGUCGAGUGUCCCGUCAACUGCCAGCUGUCCGAAUGGUCCCCCUGGUCUGAGUGCACACACACCUGUGGACUAGCAGGUAAGCUGUGGCGGAGGCGUUCGGUGAUCCAGGCAUCUCAGGGGGAUGGUCGGCCAUGUCCGUCGCAGAUGGAGCAGUGGAAGCCAUGUCCUGUCAAGCCCUGCUUCAGCUGGAGAUACAGCGCCUGGUCAAACUGCAGGGUACAGGUCAGGUCUUGAUUGUGUGGGAGACGGUUCCACGUAGCGAUGUCUAGAUGUUUUGUGACAGUGACUGUGAGGGCCGAGGGCAGCAUGGUGGACGAGGAGCUCUGUGGUGACCUGGAGCAGGCCGUGGAUGGAGACAAGAACAUCGUCCUACAGGAGACCUGCGCAGUGCCCUGCCCAGGCGAGUGUUACCUGAUAGACUGGACGGCGUGGAGCCCAUGUCAGCUGAGCUGUGCGAGGGGUGAGGAUCUGGGGCUCGGGGCAGUGCAGGUCCGAUCACGCGCUGUUCUGGCCCAGGAGCCAGAGAACCUGCUGCAGUGCCCAGACCAGGACUGGGAGGCACGGCCAUGCACAGAGGGACAGUGUUAUGAGUAUAAGUGGAUGACGGGUCCCUGGAGAAGUUCAUCUCGUCAAGUGUGGUGCCAACGUUCCGAUGGAUUAAACGUCACAGGCAAGAGAGAGAGUGUGUGUUGUGAUCUGACGCUGACUCUCUACUGCCCCCUACAGGCGGGCCUGUGUGGCUGUGAGGAGGGCUAUACGGAGGUGUUGACCUCAGAGGGGCUGCUUGACCAGUGCACGCUGAUCCCCGUGCUGGAGAUUCCGACCGCGGGCGACUCCAAGGCCGACGUCAAAACCAUCCGCGCCCUCAGCCCCACACUGCCCACGGCCAGCAUGAACGGACGCUCCGGCCGAAUGUGGUUCCUGCAGCCGUUUGGACCAGAUGGGAAGCUGAAGACGUGGGUGUAUGGUGUGGCAGCGGGGGCUUUUGUCCUCAUGGUGUUCAUCGUCUCUAUGACCUACCUAGCCUGUAAAAAGCCAAAGAAGUCUCAGAGACGCCAUCAUCACCACCACCACCAGAACAACCGACUGAAACCACUAACGCUUGCCUACGAUGGAGAUGCUGACAUGUAGACACACACACACACACACACACACACACACACACACACACACACACACACACACACCACCAGAACAACUGACUGAAACCACUCACGCUCUCCUACGAUGGAGAUGCUGACAUGUAGACACACACACACACACACACACACACACACACACACAAACAAACUUCUGUUGCUUACACUAUCUCAAGUCUGAACUAAAACAUUUACACAUCAAUACAACACACUGUGUGCAUGCACGUGCAGUCGUGCACACACACACACACACACACACACACACACACACACACACACACACACAGGCAAUUCAGGUCCUGCCAAUUAUGCUAUCUCAGAGUCUGAACUAAAACACACACACACACACACAUCCCAUAAGGGGAUGGCCAGUGGAGGGUCCUCUGGACUGAUUUUUUUGUAAAGGACUCUGGACGUUCAGAGAGACUGAUGACCCCAUGUUUAUAAGGACACACACUCCUCCCCCUAUGCUCCUCUUGCGCACUCUUUUUCUCUCUUUUCUACUCCGUCUCUUUGAGAACCCUUUGUUUCACGAGAGCCUUGGAGAACUCUUGUCUUCUUGAGGAAGGCUGCCUUGUGUUUUGUGCCAUUUGUUCUUGAGGUUCCGUUCUGUAAGAUACGUUUGUGGUUGUUUGAACGAGCAGUUUACUGGAGAAAGCACACCUUACUGCCCCAUCUGGCCUCAAACACACACACACACACACACACACACACACACACACACAC